GCUGAGCGCGCGAGCCUCACUCCUGACGUCAGGAGUGAUCCUCGCGGCUGCUCUCUAAACCGGGUCUCCGUGUCUUCCCGCGCGCGGUCUGGAUGCUGACUUCCCCCCCACCUGCGGCGCUCCGGAGCGGCGGAGAACCACGCAUGCAUCCGCGCGCGGAGGAGCCGUGAUCCAGAGCGCAGCUCCGCGCGCACAGCUGUGUCCGGACUCAGACCCGCGGGAUGCUCGGGCUGCACGCGCCCCCUCAGCUUCUGCCUCAGUGACCGUGGAUGGCGGCGGCAUGGAGAUAGCCUUGGUGAGCUUCGAAAACGGCGGCGCCAAAGGUGGCGGCGGCGGGAAUGCGGAGGAGAGCUGCCGGAACGCGCUGGAGGUCCCGCAGCCGGGCUUCGUCCAGAGCGCGCUGGGAGAGGAGCGCGGGAAGGAGCUGAACACCCGCGGGAGCCCCCGGGCGCCGCGCAGCCCCUGGAAGAUCAACGACAUGAACACCACGCUGAGCUGCAGCGAGAACGCCAUGGAUGCGCUUUUACGCGCGGACCACAGCCCCCACCUGUUCGACGACGACCUGCUGGACAUGGACGUGGACGCGGAGAGCAACGAGCGCGUGCUCAUCAACAUCGCCGGGCUGAGGUACGAGACCCAGCUGGGCACCCUGAACCAGUUCCCGGACACGCUGCUGGGAGACCCGGCCAAGAGGAUCAAGUACUUCGACCCGCUCCGGAACGAGUACUUCUUCGACCGGAACCGGCCCAGCUUCGACGGGAUCCUGUACUUCUACCAGUCCGGGGGCAAGAUCCGCAGACCCGUCAACGUGUCCAUCGACGUGUUCGCGGACGAGAUCCGGUUCUACCAGCUGGGGGAGGAGGCCAUGGAGCGCUUCCGCGAGGACGAGGGCUUCAUCAAGGAGGAGGAGAAGCCGCUGCCGCAGAACGAGUUCCAGAAGCAGGUCUGGCUCAUCUUCGAGUACCCGGAGAGCUCCAGCCCCGCGCGCGGCAUCGCCAUCGUGUCCGUCAUCGUCAUCACCAUCUCCAUCAUCACCUUCUGCCUGGAGACGCUGCCGGAGUUCCGGGACGAGCGCGAGCUGGCGGUGAGCGUGCGCGCGGACAACAGCACGGCGCCGCGGCCCUCGCUCACCUUCUCGGACCCGUUCUUCAUCAUCGAGACCACGUGCGUCAUCUGGUUCACCUUCGAGCUGAUCGUGCGCUUCUUCGCGUGCCCGAGCAAGUCGGAGUUCUCCAAGACGAUCAUGAACAUCAUCGACAUCAUGUCCAUCAUGCCUUACUUCAUCACGGUGGGCACCGAGCUGGCGGAGCAGCAGGGCCAGGAGCACCAGAACGGCCAGCAGGCCAUGUCUCUGGCCAUCCUCAGGGUCAUCCGCCUCGUGCGCGUCUUCCGCAUCUUCAAGCUUUCGCGCCACUCCAAGGGGCUGCAGAUCCUGGGCCAGACUCUGAAGGCCAGCAUGCGCGAGCUGGGGCUGCUCAUCUUCUUCCUCUUCAUCGGAGUCAUCCUCUUCUCCAGCGCCGUCUACUUCGCGGAGGCGGACGAGCCCGAGUCGCACUUCUCCAGCAUCCCGGACGCCUUCUGGUGGGCCGUGGUUACCAUGACGACGGUGGGCUACGGGGACAUGCGGCCGGUGACGGUGGGCGGGAAGAUCGUGGGCUCGCUGUGCGCCAUCGCGGGCGUCCUGACCAUCGCGCUGCCGGUUCCGGUCAUCGUCUCCAACUUCAACUACUUCUACCACCGCGAGACGGACCAGGACCAGUCCUCCCUGAAGGACGAGCCCGCCAGCGGGCGCGCGAGCCCCGAGCCGCGGCGCCGGGGCUCGCGCGCCUCGGCGGACAAGAGCGAGGCGGGGGAGGGCGGGGAGAAGAGCCUGAAGGCCAACAGCAGCGGCGACUUCAAGAAGUCCCUGUACGCCUUCUGCCUGGACACGCGCGAGACCGACCUGUAGACCCGCCCCGCCCCCAAACCCCCCACCUGUCUGCGCGUGCGAAGGAGAAACCGCGCGCGCGCAGUCAGCCAGUCGGGAUUUGGGAUCAUUUCUGGACACGCGGAGGAUUAACGGAAUCUGAACAUGAACCGGAGCGGCCCACGCGCACGCGCGCAGACUUCACGUCCAAACAAAAGAUUUUGGAUUUUUUCUGCAGAAAGAAUUCCGGAUUUUCCUCUUUCUGUUUGAAACUUCAAAGUAAAACUUUUCUGAGAAACUCGGAUCUGAAUGGAAGUAUGGCGGGAGCGCGUGCAUGGAGGAGGCGCACACUCACCAGGGAGCCAGCACCACCGUCCACGCCUCCACCUGAAGAGGACUGGGCAGGAGGCCCCUCCUCCAAGAGGCCCCUCCUCCAGGAGGCCCCUCCUCCAGGAAGCAGCUGCUGCACCUCCACAUCUGGGAUCUGCUGUGAUUUGGGAAGUCUGUGCCUUCAACCAAAGUUCCCGCUGACACGUCGGUUUCCUGGGUGGAGCAGCAGCAGCUGGAGGCUUGGAGUGAUGUUCUCCAGAUGGUGUCGUGAGGGACUGUCGUGGAGGAGAAAUCCCUCUCUGUGCAAUACGAGUCCGUACUGAUGUGACGCCGUCAUGUGGACGAACUCGCUUUAUUUUUGUAUCGCUGUUCUCCUGAUUUCUAUUUUUCUAAACGACUGAAACGGUAAAAAAAGGAGGUCAUCCGCCGGAUGGACGGUUUCCUCUGACCCGACCCAAUCCGUCCUGUGCCGACCAGCGCCAAAGCCAUAUCUGAACCAACCCUGUGCCACGUGACUUAAACGUCCCCCCAGAGGGAUGCGUUCGGGGUCCGUCGGACGCCGCAGCCUCGUCGUGUCUCCCCACCUUAGUGUCGCUCUUAAUAUUUUUGUACUUCCUCCAACAUAUCAGAUCAGCUCAGGGGGGGGGGGGGGGGGGGGCUUUUUCCAUAAAAGUUUAAAAACAGAUUUUGGGGAAAAACUGUAUUUUCAGUCAUUUCAGGAUAUUUGUGACGUGAUUUUUAGAGAAAAGUGAAAAAAUUAGGUUUAUUUGUGUGUUUGACCAAAAAAAAAAAAGAAAAUGAAAUUUACUCAGGAAAUGACCUUUGACCUUUGACCCAUAUCUGUUUGAGUCCCAACGCCGUCAGCAGAAACCCGGAACUUUGGACCGUCUGGAACCAGAACCCAAGCAGAGAUGUUUCUGUCGUGUCGAAGCUUUAUUGUUCCAAUGUUUGACUUCCAGAUCAAAGAAGGAGUGACCCCGCCCUCUAGAUGGUUCUAGAAACCCGGAUCGCCAUGAAUCCACGUGUUCUUUGUCACGGUCCAGGCUAUGAGGAGGUCAUCAGAACCGAGUCUGCAGACUCCAUGUCCCAUGAUGCAUUGUGUUUCUGAAAAUGUUUUCUAAAAGUCUCCAACAAAAGAAAAUAUGCAAAAGUCAGUGACUGAGAACAGGACAGACCUCAGGUUUAGUCACCAGAACAAACCAGAACCUGUGAUCCAAACCCACCAGAACCAAACCCAGAGAUCUCAGGCUGAUGGAGCCAAUCCAGCAGAAAUAGUUCUGGAGAAAUGAGUCCAAAUCCAACCAGAACAGAACAAGCUCACUGUAGAACCCAACAGUUUCCAUGACGACGGCUCAGAGAAUCUGAUUCGUACCAGAACUUCCAUCAGAGCUGCUGCUCUUCAGCGUCCUCCACAUCUGAGGUCAGGAGAGCAAAGGCUGCUGGGAAAAAGCACAAACUCUGGAUUCUCCUGAAGAAAAUAAACCUGUGAAACGUUCCCUCAUGA